AUGGUAUCGUUUCGGUGUUUGGAUGACAUCUCUGGUCACAUAUCGGGUGAAAUCGAUGCCAUGAAAUGGAAUCCGAAAAUGGAUUUAAUAGUUCUGUCGCUCAGAAGCGGUGAUGUAAUCGUCCACCGAUUGGUUUCGUGGCAAAAGGUCUGGCAUUUGCCGAAACCGAAGCUCAAGACCGCCGCCGACGACCGCAAGAGCGCCGACGACAAGUGUUUCGUUCGGGACAUGGAUUGGAGACCCGACGGGAAAAUACUGGCCAUCGCUUACGAGUUGGACAUCGACUCCAGCGAUGCAAACGAUGGCAAGUCUUGUCUGGUGUUACACGACGUCGAGACCUCCAAAAUGAUCCAUAAGAUCGUAAUCGACGGUCAAAUCAAUUGCAUUGAUUGGCAACAGAAGAUGACCACCGACUCGGACUCGUUCGGUCACUCGGAGUCCAGUUUCGACUUAUCGAAGAACUGUUCGGCGAUUUCGCCGUUUAUUACUCUUUUGCCGAAAGCAAACUCUGUGUCCAAAGGCUUUAUGAGAGGCAACCGGAAGACCAAUGAAGACAAUCUCAAUGAUAUGAUGAAAGUGGAGAACCAGAAGACGCUCAAUGUGUUGGCCAUCGGAACUGAGAAUGGGUUCAUUGAGUUGUAUGCGUUCGGUGUCUAUAAAAUCGCCAAACUCUUCACCGCAAACACUAAUCCUAUUAAAUAUUUGGCGCUUUCGAGUGAUCUCUCGAUUAUCACCGCUUGGAUCGAAAGCCGCGCCGAAGAGAACCAAACAACGAUUAGUCAGUAUUCGAUGAUUAGCUAUAAUCUGAAUGUUUUAAAACAAAGAAGUCAUCAGAUUUUGAUGAUCUCUCAGAUCUACGCGCAGUCCAUCUCUCUAUUGUCGCAUUUGAACGAAACGAUGCGCGAGAUUCACGAGGCCUGGGAGGACGUGAUGGUGGAGAUCGACUCCAAACUAUCCAAUUAUGUCUCACAACACAGGAGUCACAGCAAAUCGGAUCAAAAGGAUCCGAACGACAAUAAAAUCCCGUUAAUGGCCGACGAGUUUCUGGAGCUUUUGGUUUUGGGGAACGCAAGCGAUUCUCUGGAAAAGUUUCUCAACGACUUGACCGAUAAGGGGCUCAAGAAGUUGGGCCACUCGAUAGAGUUGGCCUAUUCUAACAUUCAAAAGCUUGUGGUGAAAAAUGUUGAGCGCGUUCUGCAGCACAUCUACUGUCACUUCAACGCUCUGAAAGGUAUGGCUCUCUGGGAGGAGAAGUUCGGUGACGUCGGUCUCGACGUGAUGUCAGUCAACACUACACUGAAAAAUAUCGGCUCUUUUCUGUUAAAGUCAACUGAAUUACAACAAGUGAUCGACAACUCUAUGCGAAACGUGAAGGCAUUCAUCCGAUGGCUGUACACAGCGAUGGUUAGGCUUCUGAACAACGAGUCCUCUCAGAGCGAGUUAACCAAAGUCUCGCAACAAGACAUACAAUUUGUCACCGAAUUUAUUAAAGAGAACUUCGAGUUCGAGUCUUCGGCCAACACUUCGCGGCCGAGUUCUAGUAAUUUCACGUUAGAAAGAGUCGGACAGUAUCUCAAAGAGAAGGACUUGACUUCCAUCAAGUCGUCUAUUAAUGACAUAUCGAUUAAUCCGUGGAUACAAUACCUGAACGACAGACCGAAUCUGACGAUCACCGACAAUAAGACACUAUUGCUAUACGAACACAAACCCAACACAUCGUUUGUCGGCGAACACAAACUUCUGGACCAAUCGGUUCGCCAGGCAUUCACCGGACCUUUCAAUGUCAUCACACAAUCGCUGGAGAGGAAUGGCUUGCGAUCUAGUCUUUCAAAUCUGGUCACAAUUGACAGCAACGAGUUGUUGAAAGUGAAUCACGUCUCGGAUCUUAAUUUAGGAUAUUUUUACACAUCUCUCAUAAACAAAACAAAAGCAAACAAAUUGUUUAUUAUUCGCCACUCAAUUGGGACCCAAUGCUCGGUUGACUUUGUUUCGGUCUCUUUUCAAUUAAACGGCACUCAUUUAGCGGUAAUUGACUGUCAAUUCUAUACCGAAACGAUAAUAUCGUUACUAUUGGCCGAACGCGAGUCCAACCAAUCGUUUUUAGUUCAAAUGCCGCUCAACUUAUUGAACAAUAAUUAUGAGCGCAUUAUAAGUAAUAUUUAUUUAACGAAUCCAAUGACUGUUGAAUUGAGUGAUGUGUCGCCCGAUUCCGGCCUUAUAUACAGAAGUCUUGAUAAUAUGGUGUUAUUAUCAGUGAGCGGUUCCCGUAAAGUCGCGUGCCUUUCGUUUGCCUCUAAACGCAGAGUAAAACUCUUUGAAAUGGAUGUCUGCGAGGAUGAAGAGGAAGAACAGGACUCGACCGGAAUCAUUGAUUUGAAUGCCAGCGCCGGUCAACUCCCAUCAGACGAGUCGACCAGUUUUAAAGACAUUUCUACCCUAUAA